UCCAUGUGAUAUUGACUUCCGGUAAUUGCACGUUUGUCUUUUUUUAGUGUUCCUCCAGCAGAUUGCAUUGGAUAGAACAAAAAUGGGAAAACCGGGAAUGAAGACGACUAAAAGGGAUGGCAUCAAUAAGGCAAAACAUAGCUUGAACCCAGAUCGUCCAAAAAUAAAAGAUGGAGGAGGCACAAACAUGCGAGACAGGUCUACAAUCAAACGGCUUAAAAUGUACAAGAACUUCAAAGCUAAAAGAAACAGGUCAGGAGAAAUAAUAAAAGCUGCACCAUUCCAGUCCUGGUUACCCUCUGGAUCUGUUGCUAGGGUAGAACCUAAUAGAAAAUGGUUUGGUAAUACAAGAGUGAUCACACAGUCAGCGUUACAGAAUUUCCAGGAGGAAAUGGCCAAAGUAAAAAAUGAUCCAUAUAAAGUUGUAAUGAAGCAGACCAAAUUACCUAUUACUUUACUAAAUGAAACUGCUAAACAUGCCAGGGUACAUCUUCUAGACACUGAAUCUUUUGAAACAACAUUUGGUAAAAAGGCACAAAGGAAAAGGCCAAAUAUAAAAAUAGAUGACUUAACGUCAUUAGUGAAUAAAGCAACAGAAUCAAGUGAAAAAUAUGAUGUAGAAAAAGACCAGGAUUUGGAACGAGAUGAACCAGAAUUUAGAGAGGAAAAUAAAGAAGUAAUAUUUAGAGCAGGACAGUCAAAGAGAGUAUGGAAUGAAUUGUACAAGGUAAUAGAUUCAUCAGAUGUUGUGGUACAAGUGUUAGAUGCCAGAGAUCCAAUGGGAACUAGGUGUUACCAGGUAGAAAAAUACAUGAAGAAGGAAAAACCACACAAACAUCUAAUGUUUGUCCUCAAUAAAGUGGAUCUCAUUCCUGUUUGGGUUACACAAAAGUGGGUAGCUAUAUUAUCAUCUGAACAUCCAACAAUGGCUUUUCAUGCUAGUAUUACAAACCCAUUUGGUAAAGGAGCUAUGAUAACUCUACUGAGACAAUUUGCAAAGUUGCACUCUGACAAGAAACAAAUUAGCGUAGGAUUCAUUGGAUAUCCUAAUGUUGGAAAAAGUUCCAUUAUAAAUACUCUGAAAGCAAAGAAAGUUUGUAAAGUAGCACCUCUGGCUGGUGAAACAAAGGUAUGGCAAUAUGUGACAUUGAUGAGAAGAAUAUAUUUGGUAGAUUGUCCUGGUGUAGUAUACCCAACUGCUGAAACACCAACAGAAUUUGUUCUUAAAGGAGUUGUAAGAAUAGAGAAUGUAAAAACUCCAGAAGAUUAUAUACAGGCCAUGCUGGACAGAGUGAAAACAGAUUACAUAAAGACAACAUACAGUCUAAUUAGUUGGAAUAGCCAUGAAGAUUUCUUAGAACAGAUUUGUCGUAAAUCUGGCAGGCUUCUUAAGGGGGGUGAGCCAGACAUAUCUACAGUAGCAAAGAUGGUACUGAAUGAUUUCCAGAGAGGCAAAAUACCGUACUUUGUUAAACCACCUGGUACUGAGGGAGAAGAUUUUGAUAACAAAGUAGAAAAAGAUGAACAGAAGUCUGCCUCUGCUAACAAGAAAGAGAAGAAGUUACCUCAAGUAGCUCAAAAAUUUAGUAAAAUAAGGGUUGAACCCGAGUUCUCUGGAAAUGAUGUGAAAUGUCUGGAUGAAGAAAAGGUCCAGGAUGCAUCAGACAUUGAAGUUAUGUCAGAUGAAGAUGAUGGUGUUGAUGAAUCUGACGAUGAAGGUGCAGAGUUAGAGGAUUCAAAUAACAGCCUAAAGAUGGAAACAGACGUAAAAGAGGAAUGUAGUAACACUCUAAGUGAAGCAAGCAUGGCUGAAUGUGAUAGCAGUACUGAUAUAGACAAGACAACCAAAUCAUCUAGCCUUGUUGUUGAAAUGAUGAAUGACUCCAAAAACAUUAAUAAAUGUGAUAAAAAAGUAAAACACAAAUCAGACUAUGGAUCUAAAGGAAAAAAGAUAAAACAUACAGACUUAAGCUCAGAUAAACAAAAAGCUGUUAACAAAGAAAGCAAAGAUUUUACAGUGGCUUCAUCAACAGAAACAGACAAAUUAAGAAAUAUUGAUAAAUAUACACCAAGCCGUAAACGACAGUUUAAGACAACAACAAGUGGUAGCUUUGUUGUAGAAGAUUUAACCCCUGCAAAGAAAAAGAAAGAUAUUGCUAAUCCUACAGAUGGAAAUUGUGUUUAUACUGUAGAGGACAGUCCAUCUGUGACUUGUGUUGAUGUUAUAAGUAAUCCUAAAGUUCCCAAGAGACAGAAAAACGUCAUACCUGAAGAUCCUGUACCUCAAAGGAAGUUAACCAGUAAACAGAGAAGAAAACUAGAAAGGGAUGCCAAGGAAAAGAAGAUAGGGACUCAUUUCUAUGCUACUGCCAAUGUCAAAAAUAGAAGGAGCAGAAAAUAAAAUUGUUUGAAUACAUA